GAGCUUUCAGUAGCAAUGGCGGAAACAACGAAGCUAAAUCAAAACGAAGCUCCUCCCAGUGAACCAACAAAAAUGUCCAGUUACAGGCACUGCAUGGAUGAGAUACUGAGGCUGCUUUCAGGCUUUGGAAAAGAGCUCCGAUUAGGAGAGGCUGCUUUGAAAAUAGAAGUCAACCCCAGUGCUGUGGAUCUUUCAUCAUUUUCAGAGGCUCAUGUUUAUGGAUGUUUGCAGGAGCAUAUUGUUAAAUUACAGGCUGUUUCCAAAAGCCUGAGAUCACUGGUAGGGGCUGAUGGUGUUACAUCAGUGAAAGAAAACACACUGGAUAAAGGUGUCUCAUCAUCUUCAGUAAAAGAGCUGACAGCUGUGUUGUCUGAGCACCAAGAUCACAACUCAGGGGCUGCAGAGAGUAAGACUUCGGAUGAUGACAUCAUGGUUCAGAUUCGAGCUGGGAAGUCAGAGAUUGAGCGAAGAAUAUCUGCAUUUAUGGAACGCAAGCAGAUGGAGAUCAAUGAAAACAACGUGCGCGAGUUUUGCAACGUGAUCGACUGCAAUCAGGAAAACAGCUGUGCCAGAACAGACGCUGUGUUCACUCCCUACCCAGGCUUUAAAAGCCACGUAAAAGUCACACGUGUAGUUAACGCUUAUGGGCCCCAGACUCGUAGUGGGGGAUGCCAGGGAGAAGCAGGGGAGCACCAGAGGGCGUCGACUGCAAGAGAUUGUGGAAAUGCAGCCAUAGAGGAGCGACUUCAGAACAUUGAGACCCACCUAAAACUGCCGUCUGUGGGACCCGUCCCUUUAAACGUUUAUCAGAGACUCAAGAGGCUGGAGGAUCGUAUCCUGGAGCUAGAGGGACUCUCACCCGAGUACUUUCAGUCUGCAAGUCAUCUCCACAAGAGACCCAGAACAUCUACUGCACAGGCCUGCAGUCUGACAGAGCUGGAUGAGAAGAUCUGUGCAGUGAAAGCCGCUCUACUGAAGAGGAUGACUGAGUUUGGACCCAGAUACAGGACUGAUUGUUCACUUUGACGCACAAGCAAAGACUUUCACACACAAACCACUGAUCCAAACACAGUAAAUGUAUUUAACAUGUGCCUUUUCUCAGACCUGCCAAUUCACCCACAGUAUCAUCACUGAAAACAGGACUAUUCUAAGUACACUUUAGAUAAAAAUGUUUAACACCUAUGAUAGCCAUGUUUACAUUUACAUUACAUUUAGUUGGCAAAUAGGUUGCAGCUUACRUCUGUUAUUUUACUUUUCAGAAUCCUUGUAAAUUUAUUUCAGAAGAUUUAAAGUAAAUUAAAAAAGUCCCAGGUCCUCAAACAGGAUUUAUUUCUGCCACAUGGUUGAAUAAUAAGAUURAAUGUUUCCCACAAAUAUCUUACGCUAAUAAGUGUAGAUCGAUACUGUGUUUUGAUCCAUAUUUUUCAAUUGAAAUAUGUUGUAAACAAGUAUAUGUAGUGAACAUGUGUUUUAAUACAUAUUUAGCACAAGAUAUUUCCAACUUUUGAAUUUGUUUUAACACAGAAGCUUUAGAUGUGGCUGCAAUCUUCUUAUGAUGAUGUUCAAAAUAGCAAAGAUGUAUUUCCCUGGAUGGUUUUGUACAAAAAUACUAGGUCUGUAAAAAAAACAUUUUUUCCCCUGCUCGAACUUGUAGUUUCUUCAUGAUUUAGAUCCAUUAUAAAUGUCACCUGAUUAAAAUUACUUUUGAUUAAUCUGA